AUGGAGUCCGAAGCGGAAUUGCCGAAAAAGCGACGGUUGCCAAAACUUAUGGCAUGCAUGACUAAAACGAGCCUAGAAAACCUAAGAAAUAGGGCUUUAUUCAGUUUAGAUGCACUAGAUGCGAAAGGCAUACGAAGGAGAAAACGUCCAUUGCAUCAAUGUCUAAUACUCGAACUGAGGGAGUCUGGCUUUUUUGAAUCGUCCGAUUACCUUCAAGAUCUUAUUUAUGAUAAUAUCCAGUUGGUUAAAAAGGACGACAUAGGGAUUGUCGUUGAUUUGAGAAAUAGGGAGGAUUAUCUCGAGCAUAUAUCUGCAGGACUUAUUCGGGCGGAAAAGUGCCGAGAUAAAGGGGACACGAAAAAGGAAAGCUUGGAGCUACUCUCAUUGGCGCUGCAAUAUGCUGAAAAAGGGAAAGGGAUAUUGUGGCUUGCAGAGAAAUUUUUCCAUGCGUCCAUAGCGGUAUCUAGUCAAUUUCUCAUUGAUGGAGGUAGACAAAAGGGCUGCUGCAAAUACCAUUAUGCGAAAUUUUUGCUUGAUAAAUUUCCUGGCGCAGACCCGGAAGAGCCUUUUGUUAUUCUGACAGAAGUCAGGGAUAGUGCUAUUGGAAAGGAUUGGCCUCUCUAUGAAGCAACUGACGACGAAGAACAGAUCUCAUCUGAAUUGUUAUUUUGUGCCACAGCAAUUCAACUGCAUAGAGUACUUGUAAAUAAAGCAAGGUCAUGUAGAAAAAUGGACCCUGCAAAAUCUGAAAGACUAGCACGCUUAGCAGAGAGGCGAGCAAGAGAUGCAAAUGAUAUACCGAAAACCGCGGAAGCUAUAAUUGAAAUUGGAAUUAGUCAACUGGCGAUGAAUAAUUUGAAUAAUGCUCAGAAAACAUUUGAAAAAGCAUUUAAUAUAUACUCUGAACACAAUGAUAUUAAGGGCUUAUGUGAAACUAGAAUGCACAUGGCGGCUGUGAUGCAAAGGUUAGGAGAGCACGAAAAAGCGGCGAAGUUACUAACUGAGAUGGGCGCAUUAGCAAUGGAUCAUGGUCUUCGUCUUCAAUUGGGACAGGCAUUGCACCUAUUGGGAGAAUUGCAUCUCAGACGAGAGAGGCCUGAACUGGGUACACAACAUCUUACUGAAGCUUUUCAAUGUUUCUUGGGAACAAACUGGAAAAAUAAAUCAACAACUGAUGAGGUGAUAUCAAUUACUACAGGAAGGGAAAUUGAUGUUAUUUAUAAACAAGGAACAUUUGAUGUAUAUGUCGAAGAGGCUGAACAGUCACGACUUAUGAUGGCAAUUUCGGCAGGACAAGAACUUAUGGCAUCCUACUUUAAUCUCCUACGAGAAGCCAGGAAAUGCUCCAUUGCAAAGAUAAAGACUAUAGAAUGGAAGCUUUCACAAGCUGGUUGGUGGAUAAAAAGGCAACAACACGACUUCUUACCAUGCUUGUGUCCAUUGCACCAAAGAUCACCUCUUGAUAUACUACGGUAA